AUGGAGGCAAACGCGACGAAGGCAGACACCAGGCAGUGGCUCAAGGAUCAUGCGCAGCCACCAGUUACAGUUGGCAUGGGCCAAAGCAUUGCCCUCAAUGUCGCAACGUUGGUAGCUGGUUUAGCCAUCUGGCAUUUGAAAAGAUGGUGCCGUCACCUGCGGAGGCGCAACAGCGACGCAGAAAGCCCGUCCCAGAGGCUACUUGGCAACGACGACUAUGCCGACUACACCAGUCGCAACGCCUUUGAGUUUUCCUCCGCCUUUCUUGGCCCAACGUUCCAUGGCACCGCCCUGAACUACUUGAUCUUCCUCCGCAUUGCUACUGAGAUGUGUACUACGCUGACUGUUGUCUCUGCCGUUCUGGUGAUACCUCAUUGGGGCGUGCAGCCCCUGCUGCUCGGCGGCCCGCGCGGACGGAUCUCCCUCGCCCAGGAUAUCAGUGCGGACGGGAUCUGCUUACUUUGCCUUCUGGCCACCGUCUUCGGUGUGGUUGUUCUGAUGUUCACGCAGCGGAUGAAGGUCCACAUGCGGGUGCGUUCGGCAAUGCAUCCACAGACGAUGCCUUUUCUCAACCGCACGGUUUGGUUGACUCACCUGCCCGUGGGCGACAAUCUAACCGGAAAGCCGUUCUCCCUCACAGAUCAGGAGUUUCAGAUGGUCGAACAGUCCCUCACUCGCGCGAUUGAGGAGCAUAUCCGCAAGAAGCUUCAAGUUAGCGAAGAAAAAGCGAAGAAAGCAGUUGUCCGCGUGCACGUGCCCUUCGUGGUGGAUACGUGGUACGACCUGGAUGCCCGACAGCAGGAGACGCAUGCCAGGCUGAAGAUGAAGCGGGAAGAGCUGAGCAUCAUUCAGGCGGAGUUGGACCGUUACAGCUGUCUCUGCCGGUGUAUUCCGAGACUCCGCGUGUGGCGGCUGUCUAGACAAGUCCAGCGGCUUGAGAGAAAGGCCAAAGACCUGAAGUCCGACCUGGACCACAUGGAGCUGCGUGCCAAGCGGAUGAGUGGCAGUGCCUUUGUGACCUUCCAGGAUAAAAGCUACAAAGCGACGUUGUUUGAAGACAUGGAGUCCUGUUGGAAGUUUUACUCGUACGCCUACUUCAACUUCGGCCAGCCACCCUUCGCCUCUGUUACCUUGAGGUGUCGACGGGCGCCACAUCCAGCCGAUGUGAUGUGGGAGAACUUGCACAUCCCCUACUACAAGAGGGUCCUCCGUUUCACCAUCGCCGCCUUGCUGCUUCUGGUGUUCAUGCUGGUUGUCGUUACGCCCGUGUCGGUCUCUUCAGAGCUCAACACCAUUAUACCUGAACUCCGGAAGGGCUCCAAGGCCAUCCGGCACGCAGUGGUGCAGCGGCUCGGCGUGUCCCUCCCGGACAAGCGGGGCGUCUGGCGCUGGAUGUCCCUGCAGCUGCCCACCAUGAUCAUUCUCUUCAUCAACUCGCUGCUGCUUCCCUACAUCAUCGGCGUAAUCUGCAACUUCACCCGGAGCCACACGCUGUCGAAGGUUGAAGUGAAUCAAAUGCUGAUGAACUAUGUGUUCCUGGUCCUGAAUCAGCUUCUGAUUCCACUGCUGGGCCUCACGGGCAUCCCAGCCCUCCUGGAGUUUUUGGAGAUGAAGAUCACGGAUCAGACGCAGGACAUCUCAGUGCUGCAGCUGCUCGACGGAAGUAUGUUCAGUUCACCUGGCCUCUUCUAUGUGCGGUACUUGCUGAAUUGCAUCUUCCUGACCAACACAAACAGCCUUCUGAACCUGAGCCAGCUUGUGGUUCGAUGGCUGCUUUCGCAGCCUGAGCCAUGGAUCUUUGCCUGGGGAUACUGGUACGCCUUCACCCUGGCAAUUCUGACCACGGCUGUCAGCCUCGGCGUGCUCAUGCCCUCACUGCUACCCUGUGGCGCACUUUUCUUCGCAAUGAAGUACCGCAUUGACAAGCACAUCCUCUCUGUGCGGGGCUACCUUUGUGGCCCCGAGAGCCAGGGCCUCUUCAUCCCGCGGGUCCUCUUCAUCAUGCGCAUGAUUGUGGCUGGGUUCUGGCUGGUGAUCGGCAGCUCCCUGCACUUCACCGCGCGCACCUUCUUCCAAGACCGCUGGACGGCCCCGGUGCCACUCAAGGCUGUGGAGUGGUUUUCCGCGUUGCUGGUGGCCGCUGCGCUGGUCGUGUGGCUGUGGAGCUCUUGGGCCAAGGCCAGCUCGUUGCACAAUGACAAGUUCGAGCUCCUGCGAUUCUCCAAGAAUCAGAAGGAGAAGAACUUCAUGGACAGGUGCCUUGACUCCAUCUUCGGCAAGCUCCAGCAAGACUUGGAGGCACACUGGCAGAGGGUGGGACAGCCCAAGGUCGAUCGGGCAGGCCGGUUCCCGUCGGAGGACACCAGCCUGUCUUUGGGCUCGCUGACCUUCGCGCGUCGAGAUUCCACUGAGGUGGAGGAGCAGCAUUCUGACGAAGGGAGGUGUGGAUUUGUCUGGCACUGCCGUUCAUGGCUUUCGUCGUGGACGGAGUUUGCCGUGCGUCGCGACUUGCCCGCCGAUCUUUUCUGCGUGAAGCUUGCUCGAGUCUGUACAUUUGACGGACUUUGA